GGUGAAAUAUGUGUCUCAUUGUUCUAUCUGUGCCACCACCGUAAUUCUGAGUCGUAGGCUAUGAAACAGGAAACGCACUGGAUAUGGUACAGUGUUUGUAUAAUAUCAAUCGUUUUGCAUUGCUCGGACAGCAAUAACGAACGAAUGCGGACAGACAAGUGAGACUGAGUGCAGCGAUGAUUCACGAAGGAAAUAUCCUGACUACUUAUAUCCUCUUCAUCUGAUGUUGAUGCUAUUAACGUCACUGGCGUGAUUUUCAAACUGGGGAAGCAGCAGUUAAUGCUUCACUUUGUUUAAUAUUCAGACAGCGACAGAAUGAUAGAAGAACGCAGUAAACGAGGCAAGGCCAUGGUGGAGAGGAGACAACUCUUCAUGGAGAUGAGGGGACAAAACUUUGACGUCAUCAGACUGUCAACCUAUAGGACGGCCUGCAAGCUAAGAUUCGUGCAGAAAAGAUGCAACCUGCACCUGGUGGAUGUGUGGAACAUGAUCGAGGCGUUCCGUGACAGCGGUUUGAACACACUGGACCACAACACAGAGAUUAACGUGUCUAGACUGGAGACCAUCUUGUCCUCCAUCUACUACCAGCUCAACAAGCGUCUUCCCACCGUGCACCAGAUCAACGUAGAGCAGUCCAUCAGUCUGCUCCUCAACUUCAUGGUGGCUACAUAUGACAGUGAAGGCCACGGGAAGCUGAGCAUUUUCUCGAUGAAGUCAAUGUUGGCGACUAUGUGUGGAGGGAAAAUAGUGGACAAACUACGUUGUAUCUUCUCCCAGAUCUCUGACUCUAAUGGUGUGAUGGCCUUUGCUAAGUUUGACCAGUUUCUUCGUGAAGUUCUGAAGCUGCCCACAGCUGUGUUCGAGGGCCCGUCGUUUGGAUACACAGAACACUCCGUACGGACAUGCUUCCCUCAGCAGAAGAAGAUCUUGCUGAACACGUUUUUGGACAUUUUGAUGGCAGAUCCUCCCCCCCAGUGUCUCGUGUGGCUACCUCUCAUGCACCGACUUGCUAAUGUUGAAAAUGCCUUCCAUCCCGUGGAAUGUUCUUAUUGCCGGAGUGAAAGUAUGAUGGGGUUCCGUUACCGGUGCCAACAGUGCCAUGGCUACCAACUCUGUCAAAGCUGCUUCUGGCGUGGCCAUGCCAAUGGUCCCCAUAGCAACCAGCAUCAGAUGAAGGAGCACUCCUCUUGGAAGUCUCCAGCUAAAAAGCUAAGUCACGCCAUCAGUAAGUCUCUGGGCUGCGUCCCCAUUGGAGAGCUACCUCACCCAGUGUUCCCUGAGCAGUUAGAGAAACCCCAGGACAGCGUGCCACACACUGUUCAGCCGAAGCCAGUAGCCAACAACAUGAACAACACAAUGUUCAUGUCCUCUGGUGUACCUACUCCUACUCAAAGUGUCUUAGAGAGUCCCAGCAGGCUAGAAGAGGAGCAUCGUCUCAUUGCUCGCUAUGCAGCGCGCCUUGCAGCAGAGGCAGGCAACUCCACAGUGAGUUGCUCCACACAAUGUCCUCCAACCGAUCUGAGUUUCAACUUAGAUGCCAACAAACAACAGAGGCAGCUAAUAGCAGAACUAGAAAACAAAAACAGAGAGAUCCUCCAGGAGAUCCAGAGGCUACGUCUGGAGCAUGAGCAGGCCUCCCAGCCCACCCCAGAGAAGGCCCAGCAAAACCCCACACUGCUGGCUGAACUCAGGCUCCUUAGGCACAGGAAGGAUGAGCUGGAGAGGCGCAUGUCAGCCCUACAGGAGAGCAGACGGGAACUGAUGGUCCAGCUAGAGGGACUGAUGAGGUUACUGAAGGAUGAGGAGCAGAACCAGGCAGCCCAGACAGGAGGCUCAACCCACUCCUCCCCCAGCCACGGGGCAGUCUGCUCCAUGCCCAUGCCGAUCCGCUCCACCUCAGCUGGGUCCACCCCCACCCACACACCCCAGGACUGCCUGGCCGGGUUGGGGGGCGACGUGCUGGAGGCCUUCGCUCAGGGUGUACCUAGAAAUCUUCGUAAUGAUCUGUUGGUCGCUGCAGAUUCAAUCACAAACACCAUGUCAUCACUUGUCAAAGAACUCCACUCAGUAGAUGAUGCUGCAGAGGAAGAGGACAACCAGAUGAGGAAUGGAGGCCUAAGGGACAGGCGUGAGGAGGACAACCAGAUGAGGAACGGAGGCCUAAGGGACAGGGCAGAGGGUGAGGACAACCAGAUGAGGAACGGAGACCUAAGGGACAGGGCAGAGGAUGAGGACAACCAGGUGAGGAACGGAGGCCUAAGGGACAGGCAUGAGGAGGACAACCAGGCACAGUGAGAGAUCUAAAACAUCAUUGAGGGAACAACAACCUCCCCAAACACCACUCCAUUGAUCUAGACAGGAUGUCAGACUGGAGAAGAAGAAUCAGAAUGAGAAUCUGCCACACCGACCAAACCUUCUAUCAGGAAUUAGCACGUAGAGUAAUGCAUGCUGUUAUCAAACAGGAUUUCACUGUGUGAACUCUUAUUCAACAUGUUUGUUACACCUUGCUGUGGGAUGUCUGUUGGCAAGUGUAUAUGUCAUUCUGUAUAAAAACUUGAAGCUGUAAUUAUUAUGUAAUGACUGAUUUCCCCCCGUCAUGACUGCAAGGGUUAAAUGUCUAAGGAAUGGCUUCCUGUGCUUUCUCUCAAUCUGUCUUGUUAAAUACAGAUCACCCUGUGUGCAUCAUAAAUGGCAGGUGCACUACAUAGGGAAUAGGGUGCCAUUUUGUGCACUACAUAGGGAAUAGUGUUCCAUUUGGGAUGCUACCUCUAUCUGCAUAAACUGUACAUAUUAUAUAUGACCUUGGGAACACAGCACUGACCAUAACCUGAAAACAACCUAUUUUCACCAUGACAUGUUCCCCGGCCGUCAUUGCCUUUGUAUGAUUACAGAUCACUUGCUAGUGUGCUUUCAUUAGGGGUUUUGCAUGAAGUUGCACUGUCCUGAGUCUGACUGGGUGUACUGUAGGUUGGUAGGUACCAUGUUAUCCCAGCUCUUUGUGGGUUUAUCAGUGCUUCUCAACCUGCGGUCCCCGGGCCAGCACUGGUCCUUGGUGUUGCUGAUUGGUCCCUCAGAUAGUGAGUGGACACUGAUUUAGUCAGUUCUCAAGUGUUAGAUUAAAACUAUGUGGUCUUCAAAAGAGGAAGGACUAUAGCUGGUCCUUGCCGGUCCCUGGUACACAAAAGGUUGAGAAACACUUGGUUACGAUGACUGCUGGGAUUUGUAGUCAUGUAUGUUGUCAUGCCUCAGAAUUCACAUUGAUUAUGUCCCAAAUGGCACCCUAUUCCCUAUAUGGUGCACUACUUUUGACCAGUGCCCAUAGGGCUCUGGUGAAAAGUAGUGCACUAUAUAAGGAAUAGGGUGCCAUUUGUGGGACGUAACCAUUGAGUCGCAUAAUGCUGCUACUAUGUGCUCACUCUGCCGCGAGACACCCUUUUGCAAAAAUAUGAGGGUUGUUUGGUCGUAGGGAGCCUAUGGGGGCUGUUGUUUAUUUUAAUCAGGGAAAUGUCCCGUUGUUAGAAUCGGAUGAAUUCUUCUCAUAGUUAAUAUUUUAUAGAAACAAAACAAAGUGAGAGAAGCUACUAAAUGGUGUCUCGUCCCUCAUCCACUAAACUAGUCACUCAGUAGUGACCGUAUUUAUUGACCACAUAAAGCGAAGAGAGGGAGAGGAACUCAGGACAUUAGUUUGAAAUGAAUAUUAUAUUGUGAUCUUUCGUUACAACAUAUUCACCUAUACACCUGUACAUAGGUGACGACAGGAGGCCGACACAGAAAGGUUGUGGACAGAUGAGACUAGCUUUGAUGGCUUAAAAGAAACCAGGACUGGAACAUGUUCAUGUGACUUGAUAGAUAGAUAGGAGUUUGGGAACUGUAUGCAGUGCUGACUCUCAAAUGGCACUCUAUUCCUGACAUAGUGCACUACUUUUGACCAGAGCCAUCAGCCCAAUGGGUCAAAAAUAGUGCACAAUAUAGCCAAUGGGGCGCAAUUUGGGUCACAUAUUCUAAAUGUGUGGUUAACUAAUAGUCAGUAGGCUAGGCCCUAAUGGGCUCCAGACCUGCUUGUUUAGGGGUCAGUUGCUGUGUAAUCAUUAAAGAGUCUGGAGGGAGCAGACAGCAACCCUGCGUCUCAAUAAUCUGGCCUUUCUCCUGCAGUUAAAAGCAUUGGAUUGGUCUGAGCAUGUGCUAGACUGCUAUAUUUCUUAAAAUUGACAUAUUAUUGGGACACACAGCAAGAAGGGUUAACCAGAUGG